GCACAAAACAGUUGGGCUAGCCACUUAUAAAAUGAAUCUGAAACUGAAAUGAGGAAGGUGUGUAGAGGAACAAAGCCACAAAUUGUACAGUCGCACAACAUUUAAUGCUUUUAUCAACAGUCCCAUAUAACAGGAAGUAUAUGUUGGCUGCACAUUGUGGAUGCAGCUGGCCAACUGGAUCCAUUCUUUGGAGUGAGAAACACCUGGCUUUCAAGACAGGAGUCAAGAUGUUAAUGGGUCACCGGCGAGGAAAGAGCAACCCCUCCCCUUCAGCAUCUGGUUCUAAGUACAAAGGGCUCUUGCUGAUCUUGCUAGGGCUUGCAGUGCUUGUGUCUUCUUGUCUUGCAGCGGUCUCACUUUACUAUGUUACUGUCUUGAAAACGGAACUAACCAUUCUGACUAGCAAGCUAAACUCCAGAGUCCAAGCACGGCUUCCAUCCUCACUGUCCUUGGGGUCUCUGGAGAAAAGGAAAGAGGCCAGUCCGUUCCUUCCCCACUGGAAGAAGUCGGAAGGUUCUACGAGCCAGGGGGCUGCUUUCAGACCACAUCCAAGUAGCCAAGAGGCCAUGCGGAAUGGAGAGCAACACAGGAAGAAAAGGUCUUCAGGUGAAACAGUGCUACAGUCAUGUCUGCAACUGAUGGCUGACAGCAAAAGGGACAUUCAGCAAAAUGAUGAUUCAAGUCUGGUUCCUUGGCUUCUUAGUUUCAAAAGAGGAACUGCUCUGGAAGAACAAGGGAAUAAAAUACUGGUCAGAGAAACUGGCUACUUUUUCAUUUAUGGCCAGGUUUUAUAUACAGAUGAAUUAUUUGUAAUGGGACAUAUGAUCCAGAGGAGAAAGGCUCAUGUUGUUGGUGAUGACCUUAGUCUGGUUACAUUAUUCCGCUGCAUCCAAAACAUGCCGGCCACCAAUCCUAAUAACUCUUGUUAUACUGCUGGCAUUGCAAAAUUAGAAGAAGGAGAUGAGCUUCAGCUGACGAUACCACGGAGUGGAGCUAACAUCGUUUUAAGUGGUGAUGUCACUUUUUUUGGUGCAGUUAGACUUCUUUAGCAUUUGUGUGUUUCUCAUUAAUUUCCCAGCAUUUUUCCGUGCCUCUCACACAGAAAGGAGUGUAAUAUGGAGUCACUCCUGUUGAGUUCGUUGUCGGUUUCUUUUUAGCCUGAUUAAUUGUGGCGUACUUUGCUAUUUGAUUAACGUCUUCAAAACAGGAACUUCAACAGACAUGCUCUGCAUUCGCCCUCCCUCUCAUGUGGAUUACCAGAAAUGAAACUUUUUUUGGACAAUACAAAUAGCAGUUGUUGUAUAAGAAUCUAAGAGGAUCUGUGCUAGAUCAGAUCAAAACAACUAUCUAGUUUAGUGCUUUGUUUGCAAAAGUGUUCAUCCAGAAGUAACCAUUUAUGCCUGUCUCAGGGCCCUUCCACACAGCCCUAUAUUCCAUAAUAUCAAGGCAGAAAAUCCUACAAUAUCUGCUUUGAACUGAGUUAUCUGAGUCCACACAUAGAUAAUGUGGGAUUUUCUAGGAUAUAGGAAUGUGUGGAAGGGCCCUCAGCCCUCUUUGCCCUGACCAACAUAAACCAGAGGGUUAAAACUUACAUCAGGUUUCAUUUUUUGGAGAAGAGGGAAACAAUAUAACCUCUGCUGAGCUCUGUCUAUGGUAUCCCAUAAGAUUAAAAUGUGGAUUGUUACACUUAGUAUAUUCUUAUGCAUUUAAAGGUCAAAGACAAAAUAAUAGGUGUGCUUGGUUAACAAUUUAUGUAUAAUCAUGCAUGUAUAAUGUUUGCAAAUGAUUAUUAAAACUAUUCAGA